AAUCUCCCGAAUAUUACCACUCUUUCACCGUUUUUCAUCUCCUUUUUCCUUCACUAUUUAACUGCCAAGUGCUCACAUUCUCACACAAUCUCUCUCUCUCUCUCGAGUUUUCUCUUGCUAGAUUUUCUUGAUUGGCACCUCCGCUCUUAGCUGCUCUAUCCCCGCUGCGCCUUUCAUACCCAUUUCUCCCCUUAAACCAUUAAUCACCUAAACCCUCAAUCUUAUGUGCCUUUCAAUCCUCAAAAUCUUUUAAUAGGCAUUUAUUUCUUACUAUAUUGUGCAAAUUUACUUUUUGGGUUUUUAAGAUAUAUAUAUAUACACACACACAUAUAUAAGAUAAUGGGAAAAAGAAAGAGAAGUGUCGAUGACAAUAAAGCACCACCACCCUCAGUUAUGGAUUUUAGAGUUCAUAUCACAUGCACCUCAAGUGGAUCUGCAGUGCCAACAGCGAUCUUCUGACCGAGCUGAAAGCAGCGCAACACAGUCUCUACCGUCCAUUAUGGAUGGUUCUGUUAAGAGGCCACCAGGCCACCAAUCACCUCUCAAUCAAAGCCAUGGUUCCAGCCGUACAAUAUUGUUGCGACAUUCUCGUCAUCCCUUUGGCCGCCACUAUUCUAGACGGAGCUCUACUAACCAUUCUGAUGCAUCUCCUUCUAAUUGGAAGAGUACCCCUGUCUAUGAUACUAAGUUGUCCUUCAAACUUGAUAGUAAAGACCUUCCAGACUUCCCGUAUAGAGAGGUCAGGGACAGAACAUUCUCGAAACCAGAGAGGAUAAGGUCAACAAGUUCAUUCGCGCAGAAUGCAGUACCUGGGGACAUGCGAAAGAUGGAAUGCAGGAUAUGUCAGAAGCGUUUGAGGAAGAACCCCUUCAUUUUCAACAACUCCAUCUCAUCCAACGAUCUCUCUGUGGUAGCCGUUUUAGUUUGUGGUCACGCCUAUCACGCUGACUGCCUGGAACAGAAGACGAGCUUUGAGGAUAGACAAGAUCCACCUUGUCCCAUGUGUAAGCCAGAUAUCCCAGGUGAUGCCUAAAUACCGUAUGUGUUUUUAACAUGAAAUGUAGAAAAGUAGUCUUCCAUUUCUAGAACUCGGUUAGGUGAACAUCGCGAGUAGCAGCUAUAUAUCGAGGUGCUCGACUCCUGUGCAGUGCUGGUUUUGCAGUGUUUUUAUAUAGCCUCCAAGCGAGUUAUAACCUUCGGUAUUUGGUUAUUUAGUUCCAAAGAUGCUAAUGGCAGUGGAAA